AUGAGAGGUGCUUUCGGCCAAAUUAUUCGCAAUAUUGUAGGUGGUGAUAGAGGUGGUGAUGGUGUUGAGAGAAUUCCACCAACAGCAUCAAAUAGACGACGAAACGAAGCAAAUCGUCAAAUUAGGCAUCGUCGUCGAAGACAAGACAUCCAUGAUGAUGAUCGUGGACCGUUAAAGGUCAUUACUCAUGGAUUGAAGUUGAAGAAGUUUUCCGAAGUUCUUGUGCCACAUCCUGUAGAGCGUUGGAUUCAGGAAUCUGGGCUGCUACCUCUUUCUUCGGCCUACCUCACUAUGGUUGAUGCUGGUCUCGUCUCGGCAUUUAUUGAAAGAUGGCACAGGGAGACCAGCUCAUUUCAUUUGCCAUUUGGAGAGAUGACCAUUACUUUAGACGACGUAGCUACUCUCCUUCACAUAUCACCGAAUGGUAAAUUUUUUGAUGCACCUGUGAAUAUGAGUACUAAUAAUGCUGCUAGAGCUGCACAUGAAUUGCAGUGGCUGCGUGACUUAUAUAGUCGUCUCAUUCAAACUAAUCAGUUUGAGUGUGCGGCUAGAACGUAUCUAUUGCACUUAGUUGGCAGCACAAUUUUCGCCGAUAAAACGCAUACGCGUGUGGAGGCGAAAUACAUUAGUUUAUUUAUUGAUUUAGCUCGUUGUCGACACUAUUCGUGGGCUGCCGCGGCAUUGGUUUUCCUUUAUGAUAACAUGGGAGAUGGGGCUGUCCACGACACUCGACAGUUAGGAGGUUACAUGACCCUUUUACAGUGCUGGAUCUACGAACACUUCCCUAGGAUCUAUAAGCGGGGCGAUAGAGGUGCGGUUCAUGCACAUCUUCCAAGAGCAUGUAGGUGGAUUGCAAAACAUGCUGUUGAAGGUGGAUUAGUGACCUAUCGGCAGAGACUUGAUGCUUUGUUGCUUGAUGAUGUACUGUUUACACCAUAUGAUGAUGAUCGAGCUAAUCAUCCGUUUGAAGAUAUUUCGAUGUUCUCUGGUUAUCUUCGAUGUGGUGGAGUCUCAGUCCCAUAUUUGCCGGAGCGAUGUCUUCGACAAUUUGGUCCUCCUUUGGUUCUCACUUCCUCUGGUGGUGCAAGUAUUGAUGUGGUAUGUGGAAAUACAACUUCACGCACCUUUGCCUUGAAUAUCCUUUAA